UGUCAUGAAGGAAAAGUUCUGGUACCAACUGGCAUUCGAGGUUUUAGGAGAGUAUGGAGGGUUGAGGAAAGAAGCAACAUCUUGAGGCAGACUGGAAGAGUCAUCAGAGCAUCCAAAUUGACAAGAAAACAUCAUUUGAAAGUUCUACGUAACAACUUACUCUGAUACUAUGAUGAUGUCUGAUGAUAUUGACUGGUUACACAGUCGCAGGGGUGUGUGCAAGGUAGAUCUCUACAGCCCAACAGGAUGGCAAGAUCAGGACCGGAAAGUGAUAUGCUUUGUCGAUGUGUCCACCCUGAAUGUGGAAGAUAAAGAUUCCAAGAAUGCUGCUGAUUGCUCAGAAGGUGAAUUAAGCCUGGAGAAUCUGGAAGAAAAAGAGAUAAUCGUGAUCAAGGACACGGAGAAGCAAGACCAGUCUAAGACGGAGGGAUCUGUGUGCCUUUUCAAACAAGCUCCCUCUGAUCCCAUAAGUGUCCUCAAUUGGCUUCUCAAUGAUCUCCAAAAAUAUGCCUUGGGUUUCCAACAUGCACUGAGCCCCUCAGCCUCUAGCUGUAAACAUAAAGUCAGAGACACAGAGAGUGAAUAUCACAAAGUACCCUCUGGGAACUGCUACAGUGUCUAUGCUGACCAACUGAACAUGGAUUGUUUCUCCAACGGAUCUCAUAACCUACGUCUAGAAAUGACAGCAGCUAAAAACACCAACAAUAACCAAAGUCCUUCAACUCCUCCAGCCAAAUCUCCCAGCAGUCAGAGAGCAGUUAUUUCCUCUGAUGGAGAAUGUUCUAUGGAUGACCUCUCCUUUUAUGUCAACCGACUAUCUUCCCUGGUUAUCCAGAUGGCCCGAAAGGAAAUCAAGGAGAAAUUGGAAGGUGGAAGUAGAUGCCUCCAUCAUGCAAUCUAUCCAUCUCCUGGAGACAAAGGGAAAAAUAGCCCUCGAAGUGCUGUGAGCAAGAUUGCUUCUGAAAUGGCCAAUGAAGCUGUGGAAGUGACCUCUGCAGAAAUGCAUGGCUCUGGGGAGGAGUGCAAGGAAGGUGGCCAGAAAACCUUUCUGUAUAGUGAAUUAUCCAGCAAGAACAAGAGUGGAGACAAGCAGAUGUGCCAAAGAGACAGCAAAGAAUUUGCAGAUUCUAUCAGCAAGGGGCUCAUGGUGUAUGCAAACCAGGUGGCAUCUGACAUGAUGGUUUCUGUCAUGAAAACUUUGAAAGUGCACAGCUCUGGGAAGCCAAUUCCAGCCUGUGUAGUCCUGAAAAGGGUGUUACUAAAGCACACCAAAGAAAUCGUCUCUGAUUUGAUUGAUUCCUGCAUGAAGAACCUGCAUAAUAUUACUGGGGUCCUGAUGACUGACUCAGACUUUGUCUCAGCUGUCAAGAGAAAUCUGUUCAACCAUGGGAAACAAAAUGCCGCAGACAUCAUGGAGGCCAUGCUGAAGCGCCUGGUCAGUGCCCUUCUUGGUGAGAAAAAGGAAAGUAAAUCCCACAGUCUGUCAUAUGCGUCUUUGAAAGCUGGGUCCCAUGAUCCCAAGUGCAAGAACCAGAAUCUUGAGUUCUCAGCCAUGAAAGCUGAAAUGAAAGGGAAGGAUAAGGGUAAAAUAAAAUCAGACCAGUGCAUGUCACUGACUAGUGCUGAGAGAGUCAGCGAACACAUCCUCAAGGAGAGCCUAACCAUGUGGAACCAAAAGCAGGGAAACCAAUGCAAGAUGCCUACCAAAGUAUGCGCCAAUAGAGAUGAGAAAAGAGAAAAAAUCAGCCCUUCCACAGAUUCACUGGCCAAAGACUUGAUUGUCUCUGCCCUCAUGCUGAUUCAGUACCAUCUGACCCAGCAGGCCAAGGGCAAAGACGCAUUUGAAGAAGAAUGUCCUGGUUCCACCAUGGGCUAUAUGGCUCAGAGUGCCCAAUAUGAUAAGUGUGGAAGCGGCCACAGUGCCAAAGCACUCUCAAUGAAACAUCUAGAAUCUCGUGGAGCUCCUGGUCCAUCCACCUCUCUGAAGGAGCACCAACAGCUGGACUCCCAGAAGCUGGAUAUGUCAAACAUCGUUCUAACGCUGAUUCAGAAACUGCUUAAUGAGAGCACCUUCAACUGUGAUGAUCUAUCCGAAGGUGAGAACAAGCGUUCUGAACCCAGGGCAAGCAAAGCCACUUCCAUAUCCAAAAGGUCUGACAGAGGGGAAGAACAAUGCCAGGACAAUCAAGACCAUGACUUCAUCAGUGGGAUGAAGCAAGUGAAUCGGCAAUUUAUAGAUCAACUGGUAGAAUCUGUGAUGAAGCUGUGCCUUAUCAUGGCUAAGUAUAGCAACAACGGGGCAGCCCUUGCUGAGUUGGAAGAACAAGCAGCCUUGGCAAACAAUGCCAACUUUCGUGGUCCCAGAUGCAAUCAGGAUGCUGCAAUGCCACGCAACUAUCAUGACUCUCCUGGGCCUGAAGUCAUCGUUAAUAAUCAGUGCUCUACAAGCAGCUUGCAGAAGCAGCUCCAGGCUGUCUUGCAGUGGAUCGCAGCCUCCCAGUUUAACGUGCCCAUGCUCUACUUCAUGGGAGAUGACGAUGGACAACUGGAGAAGCUUCCUGAGGUUUCAGCCAAGGCCGCAGAAAAGGGGUACAGUGUAGGAGAUCUUCUUCAAGAGGUCAUGAGGUUUGCCAAAGAACGACAACUGGAUGAAGCCGUGGGAAACAUGGCUAGAAAACAACUGCUAGACUGGCUGCUCACUAACCUGUGAGCUAACAGCUUCUUCAACUCCUCUCCAUCUUACUUCCCCAGCAGCAUUCCAUCCCAGCUAGAGCAUCCCUACCAUCAGGCCAGUCAACUGCACAAUACAUGAUUGUAUUUCCUGAUACAUCUGAGAGGUUGCACUGUGUAAACACAGGAUGUCCAACAAGCUGGGCAAGAACAU